ACAACAGUACCCACUAUCAGCUGUCGAGUCAGACACCUGUGUCAGUGUCUCGCUUUACUUUACUCCGUGCAUCACGCGCCUGCGCGGGCGCCCUGUUGCGAGAAGCAGAGCGCCAAGCCCUCCUCUAGACGUUUCGCGAUCUUCGAGACGGCUUCUUUUGAUCCGUGUUAUCUCCGCGAUAGAAGAGGGUCGCUGGAGUCGGUUUCGAAGAGGCGCCAAGCUCAAGCGGAGAACCUAUCGAGCCCUCUUAACAGCAAAGGAAGGGUGGGGGGAACCACUUGGAAGAAACUUAAAACCGUGUGCUUCGAGGGCGACAGCAAAAAAAUGUCCUCCGCUACGUAUCAGCGCAUCGCGUCCAUCAACGUGGGACCUCCGCGUCACGUAGAGGCCAGCGAGAGCUCCAACGACGAAAUGGAGCGUCUCGCCCUGGACUGCCUGUUCGUACGUCGCUUCCGCAGACUCGCCGGAAUCGUGCUUUCAAACAUCGCCGCGGUGCUCGUGAUGGUGGUGCUACUGUUGCUGUCCGUCGCUUACGAGGUCAUAGUCUACCAGGUCGGCCUGACCACCAGCCAGUUCUACGUCGUCCUCGGCAAGAAACACUGGUGGGGCUUCCUAAACCAGACCGCAUUCUGUCUAGGCCUCAUAGCGCUAGUGGCGUGCGUCAAGAGCGGCAAGCAGUACGUCUCAAGCACGGUCACUGUCCAGUGGCGGCAGCUGCUCACCAAGCGACUUCAGGAGCUGUACUUCUCGGGCAAGGUCCAUUACCGCGUCAACGUAGUCGACGGCAUAGACAACCCAGACCAGCGCAUCACUCAGGACGUGGACCGGCUGUGUCAAGUCCUGAGCGACAUCGUUCCAACCCUGCUCAUAUCUCCCUUCACGAUAGCCUACUACAGCUACCAGUCCUUCAGCGUGGCCGGCUACAUCGGCCCGCUGGCCGUGUUCGUCUACUUCAUCGUGAGCACGCUCGUGAGCAAGCUUCUCAUCACGCGGGUUGUUCCCAGGGUUUAUGAACUGGAAAAGCAGGAAGGGCGAUUCAGGUACAAGCACACUCAGGUCAGGGCUAACUCGGAGUCGAUCGCCUUCCUGGACGGAGAGUUCGCAGAGCUGGACUCCACGGAGGAGCACUUGGUGGAACUAGUGAAGGCGCAGCAGUCCGUCUACAACCGACAGCUUCCCCUAAACCUGGGCGUCUACUUCACCGACUAUGCCGGCAGCAUCCUCAGCUUUCUCAUCAUAGCCGUGCCCCUCUUCACCGGAGCCUACGACGACAUCUCGACGGCUGAUCUCAGUGGGAUCAUCAGCAAGAACACGUUUGUCUCCAUGUACCUGAUCAGUUGCUUCAGUAAGCUGGUCGACUUGUCGAGUGGGAUUUCCACCGUUGCUGGCAACACGCACAGGAUCUCUGUUCUGCUGGAGAGGAUGGAAGCCAUCAACGAGGAGGAGAAUCUCGUGGAAAAGAUCAAGCAGGCAAAGAAGCCCUCCAGUGACGAUGACAGCGACACAAGUGGUGAAGCAGCGCCACAAUUCGUCCUGAAGAACAUAUCCUACGGAAGUCCGUACGAUGACAACAUGUUUGCUGAAGGACUGACGCUUGAGCUGAGACCCCCGAAAAGCGUUUUCGUCACUGGACCAAGCAACAGUGGCAAGACAUCCCUGCUGAGGAUACUGAAGGGCCUCUGGAGCCCUCUGUCCGGUUCUGUCACCAGAAAGUUUGGUGGCUCUCUGUUCCUGCCGCAAGUGACGUGGUUCGGCAGUGGCAGCCUGAGGUCCCAGCUCUACUAUCCCUACACCCCACCGAAGAGCACACCACACGAAGAGGGAGAGAUAUGGAGACUUGUCGAGCUAGCCGAGCUGGGGCACCUCCUCAAACGGUCCGGGGGACUCGAUUCGUCCCUGCAGCCCAUGUGGUACGAAUCACUGUCUCCAGGCGAGCGGCAGCGGCUCAGCUUCCUGCGCGUCCUGUGCCAGAGACCCAAGAUGGCACUGCUCGACGAGGCCACUAGCGCUCUCGACGAGGACACGCAGGUGAAGCUUUACCGCGAGUGUCGCAAGUUGGGCAUCGCGACCGUCACCAUUGGUCACCACGCCUGCCUCGAGCCUCUGCACGACGCCACCUUGGAACUUCACGGUGCAGCGAAGGGUGGCACUUGGACGUUGAAAGAACGGGACCAAAUCCCCAACGGCGACUCUGCUGUCAUUGAGAACGCACAGUCUUGAUUGGAUGUCUUGGCGUUGCAUAUACAGAGAGAUGUCGCUUGAGCUGUAACUUCCACAGUAUAUUGAGAAUGAUUCCAGCUGGAAUUUCGCUCUCAACAAGAGGUCUGUCGGUAUUCAGGGUGUGCGGCAUUCAAGGUGUUCAAGUACAGCGUGUUUGUUACAAUAUUAGUAAGAAAAGAGCCAUGGCAGUUAAAGGGUUGAAUAGCAAGGGAUCCAGCACCGUGAAGGACAGCCUUGUAGCCUAAAUGUCCCAAGCACGCUGUAAGGUCCUGUUAUAUUUAACCUCACCCGGUAGAGUUUUUCGGUUUCUCGAGCCAACGUUUUCUCACCCGUACGUCUACUGCUAAUCAGAGCAAACAAUCAACUGAUCAAGCUCAAAGACAUUCAUUAUAGACUAUAAACUACAGUUUUAAUGUAGCAAACUUCAAUGCAGGGUUUGUAAAACACAAUAGUAGGUGUGCUUUCUUGCGUCUUGAACAUACAAUUCCUCUUGUACUUGAGGCAUGGCCCAGUGAGCGGACUGUAAUAAUUCUUCUAUGAUAUUUUCUUGUUCGUUUGUUUAGCAUGAAACCAUGUGAACUUGGUCUCUGGAAACUCGCACAUACCAUAUUAGUUAUCAUUUUCUGUCUCUGGUCAUUUCGCGUACUGCCAAGAGUAAUUAUGCACUAUGUGUUAUAGCUGCGCGUCUGACUUUUUUUGCGGUGUAGGAUAAGGGUGUGCUGUACUGACAAGCCCAACAUGCAACUUCGAUCAACUUGUUUUUGCAGCGUGUGUUGUAGAGUGCGUGAAAAAUUUUUCUGUUGCAAUUGCUACCGAUGCCAAAGAUGUCUUUGUGGACUGUGAUACAGGUGUGGCCCUGUCAGUGCAUUGCCUGUUUGCAGUUAUAGUCAAAAACAGUGAGAUGCUCACUUAACUUCGUUAUUUUGCUCUUUAAAGAAGAAUUAAGAGAAACAUUAAGCCAGAUUGACAACCGCCCGGACUACAACAUAGGGUGGUCUUGCCAUGAGUCGGCCAGGAGCUUGGCAAGACAAAAAAAAGAAAGGCACGAGAAAAGACAGUUCGUGAUAAUGGCUUGAGAUCCACACACCAACACCCCAUCAUGCUACUGAUAUCAAUAGCAUCUGGGUGGGGCUUGCAGACUCUUUAACUUAAGAGAAGACAGACAGUGAAAAUGUCCAGAAAUAGCCCGGGAACUUAGUGAGCAUAAAUGACAUAAAGAGAUCGCAAUAUACAGUAGACUCUCAGUAAUUCAAACUCUGAUAAUUCAAACUUUCGGUUAAUUCAAACAAAUCUUAAAUUUUUGGUUGGCCUACUAUGUUGACAAUGUAUUUUGAAAGCUGCUUAAUUUAAACUGCCCCACUACACAAAUUCGGUUAAUUCAAACUUUUUGCUUGUCCAUGCCUGGAAAUAUCUGCUGCCUUUGUUGCUUAUAGCUGAACAUUUGUGUUUUUGUGUUACUAACAGGCGCAAAUAAAGCCAAUCGCCUGCCUACGAAAUGGCCAAACUACCCGAACCUCGCACACCAAUAAUCGCGUGCUGACUGACAAAGAAAAAACAAAACGGUACGGUCUAGCCUUGAUAUAUCGGGUGCCAAACGUUUCUUAAAGUCACUUUCUCUGCAGUAUGCCACGCGAGAAAGUGUCCUAAGAAUUAGAAGGGGCUAGCAACUGUCGUUGGACGCAACACAUUUCGUCCCUUAAUUACGCACCCGUGUGCACCUUGUAUAACAACAAGUACCAGUAUUAUUGCUGAUAUCUAAAAAUUUUACUGGCAGUCAUGCAGACCUGUCUAUGAUGUUGCUGCGGCACUGAGAAACAGUAAACAUUGCAGCGUUAAUUGGUGUGUUGCCCUGAGUCAUAAUUAUGAGAACUUCUGAUAAUUCAAAUAAAAUCCUGAGGUCCCCUCAAGUUUGAAUUAUUGAGAGUCUACUGUACGGAAAUAGAUAACAUGGACAUUCUGUGGACAUCAUGACACUGCAACUGGGGAUCAAUAUUCAUUACAUCUCUUUUCUACAUUGCUGCUCGGAAUUGAUGCAGUCUUUGAGGCAAUUACGGGGUGGAACAAAAAGAAGAGAAAAUUUAUUUUUGAAAUCAUGACUUCAGUCUCCACAUGUCUACUCAGUUGUAAGCGAUCCUUUGUUAACGAGGAGGUCUGGAGAUACAAACGCAGGGUGCCGCCAGCGCAAGCCGUUCUACAUUGAAAGGGAACAAUUUUAUAGCUCCUUGCCUUAGUAAUGUAUUAGCUCAUCUUUAAAGUUACACUGCAAAAUGGUAUUCUUGGAAAACUAGCUCAAUUCACCAUCAUAAUUGACAUUGAAUGUUCAGUGAUUGCUUCAUUUCCUCAAGUUCUCUAUUUUGUCCAUUCAUUCUGAGAUUUUAACAUUUCCGAGAAGGUCUCGAGAUCAGAGCAGCUAGGACGCGUUUGUUUCUGCACCUGCCGCGCAUUUCACCGCAGAUGUUUACGGUUGGUAUCGUGGCAUCGAUCAAGUCGAGAAGGCGCGUACAUUUGGUCAACAUUUUGGUGUGCUGAUGUAGCCAUGUCCCCGGGACACAUUUCGAAAGGCAGCUCAAACUCUUGCACCCUAUGUGUCGAAACAUCAAGCGACGCUCUCAGUGCUAAGCCGAUGUGCCACGUGUCGUCAAUAGUCUGCCAAAAGUACUAUCAGGUUAUGUUUGAGCAAAUACGGCACUGUUUAUGGCACUGAUCAAUGCAAAACCACUUUACUGUUACCUGCUCACUUAGGUGGCAUUAUAUUUAAGCCACGAAAAGACGUUUCCAAGUCAUGUGAAUGAGUUCUGCUGUGUCGACCAGAUGUUCAACAUGAGCAUUGGACAAACAUUGCAGCAGCAUCAUUACUUACUUUUUUUUCUCUUUCAUUUUGCAUAGCAUAUUGAUCUCCAUAUUCACUUACAUAUUCAUUUCAUAUUCCAUAUUCACUUAUUACUCAAGAGAUGCUGGCCACUUUGAAGUUUUUCCGGAAAAUGUGGGCACCGUGUGUAGCAUUCUUGUUGGAAGUGAAUAUUCCUGCAUUGCUUGCAUUCCACAUCAUUUUGUGUGGCACAUUGAUGUGCAAGUGUUAUGAUGUCUUUACUGUGCUAUGUAAAAGGUCAAGGGGACUUUCGCAAGCUCUUCAGCAACAGCGUCCGAUGACUUCGUUUUGUCUGUUCAAUGUGAAAUAGUGGACUUAUAGCCAAAGAAAUAUCUUUUAUACACCUAGGAAGAUGAGCAGUGUUUUGUGUUUUUUCUUUAAAAUAUAACUGGUCUUUCUUGGUCUGUAUUGGUUCACGUUUGCACUUUGUGAUUCAGGUCGCUUUAGCCUGCUCAACUUUAUUAGACUGGAUUUAUGAGUUUAUAGUUGUUUUUAUAUACACUUAUUGUGUGUUAAUAGCAACUACUAUAUGAAGACAGUAAACAAGGUUUAAAGAAUUAGAGUUAACAAAAGUAUACCUUUAUGCAAAAAAUUCCUCGCAACCUUCUCAAGUUGAACAAUGUGAAAAAGUAAAGGCUUUCUGGGAAAUUGCUGCCUACAUAAAUUUUUUUAUUAAGUUCCACAUUGCAGAGGACCAAGCAAGAAGCAUCUUGCUUUGUGUACGCUUUAGCACUUUUUUGUGUUGUCGCAUCUCUGUGCACUUUCCAAUUUUUAUUCGUUAGAUCAUAAAUAUAAUUUUAAUCUUGUAAUCAGUUUGUUAGAUUGAAAGAUGUCGUGCCCAAACCCCCUUCUUGUGGUCGGCCUUUGAGCCAGGGGAGGCUUAUCUUGUGAUAAACCAGUGAGUCUAGCUUUUGGUAUGUUGCUUGGUUGUGCAAACUUCAUAGCUUUAUUUUUAUUAUUUUUUUUGCACAUGGUCUACAACUUGUGCUGCAGUUUGAUCAGAUCCUACAAUCUGUGCCAGCAUGUCAGCUCAACACUGUUUUUUGAACGUAUGUUCAUUGUUGCGUGACUUUCAUUAUAAGAACGCCCGAGGGGUGUUUACGUGGCAUAUCUAUUAUGAGGACGUCCUGUUCCUAAUCUGAUUCCAUCUCUAAGAUUUACUUCAGCAGUCAUGUCGUAAUAUAGGUAUGUUCUUUAAGUCUCGCCGUUGCCUUUAAAGUUACAUAUAUUUGGUGAAAGUGGCCUUUGUUAGAUAGCUCUCAGAUUUACAGGAAUUUUUGUAGCACCAACGUUUGGGGACCUUAGAAAUCUGUACAUGUUGUCAGCAGUUCUACAGAAAGAAAGCUCAUUAGAU